AUGAAGGUCGGAAAGCCAAAAUCGAAGCGCGUACCCGUGCGUCUACGGCACAAGAUUGAGAAGGCGUCGGCGGCGAAGCAAAAGAAGGCGAAGAAGCUAGCGAAGAAGGAUCCAACAUGGCGCUCCAAGACGAAGAAAGAACCCGGUAUUCCCAACCUGUUUCCCUACAAAGACAAGAUUCUCGCAGAGGUCGAGGAGCAGCGCAGGAGAAAGGAAGAAGAGGCUGCGCGCCGACGGCAAUUAGCAAAGGAGCAAAGGCUGGGAGGCGCGACUGCAGAAGAUGCAAUGGACGACGACGAGGAGUUUGAGCAGUUCGACGCCGAAGGUGAGGAGCUUUUGGCCGAGGACAGCGAACACGAGGAUUCGAUGCAAGUGGACAACAACUUGAAUCCCAUGGCCGCUCUAUUAGCUUCCGCCAAGGCGCGCGCCGCCGAAUUUGAACAGAACGACGACCAAGACGCCAUGGAAGACAGUGAAGAUGACGAAUCGGAUCACGGUGAUGGAGUCAAAGUCGCCAAGGAUGCGUCAAGAAAACAGUUUGACAAGGUAUACAAGCAGGUUGUCGACUCGGCCGACGUCGUUUUGUAUGUGCUCGAUGCUCGCGACCCAACUGGAACGCGAUCGAAAGAGGUGGAGCAGGCAGUCAUGGCAGCGGAUCGUGGAAGCAAGCGCCUGAUAUUCAUCCUCAACAAGAUCGAUCUUGUUCCUCCGCCCGUACUUCGCGCAUGGCUGGUGCACCUCCGCCGCUCAUUCCCUACCCUUCCUCUACGUGCAUCCAAACCAGCGCCAAACGCAAAGACUUUCGAGCACAAGGACCUUACGAUGAAGGGCACAUCCGAGACGCUUUUCAAGGCCUUGAAGACAUUCGCCGAGUCCCGUCAGCUGAAGCGCUCAGUCAGAGUCGGAAUUAUUGGAUAUCCUAAUGUUGGCAAAUCAUCCGUCAUCAAUGCCCUGACUUCAAGACUAAGCGGAAGGUCUGCUGGCUGCCCUACUGGUGCCGAGGCUGGUGUUACCACCAGUCUGCGCGAAGUCAAGAUAGACAACAAGUUGAAGCUUCUUGACUCGCCUGGUAUCGUUUUCCCAAAUACCGAAGGAUCCAAGGAAAGCAAGGUACAGCAAAAGGCACGACUUAUUCUGCUCAAUGCCGUCCCUCCAAGGGAGAUUGAUGAUCCCGUUCCUGCUGUCACGCUGUUACUCAAGAGGCUGUCGUCUUCGGAGGAACUGUUUUCGAAGUUGAUGGAAGUCUACGAUCUACCUCCCCUACUCGCUGUGGGUAACGACAAGACAACCGACUUUUUAGUUCAGGUAGCAAGAAAGAGAGGUCGACUGGGCAAGGGCGGUGUGCCAAACAUGCACGCAGCGGCACAGACUGUCAUCAAUGACUGGAGAGAUGGUCGUAUCCAAGGAUGGACAAGCCCUCCCAAAUACGCACCUGCCGAGACUUCUUCCACCAAGACUGCGCCAGCUACCAAGGGCGGCCUCGUCGGUGAUCAGAAGGAGAUUGUCAAGGAGUGGGCUGCUGAGUUCAAGCUCGAUGGUCUAUGGGGUGACGAACCGAGUGAUGCUGCAGCACCAGAAGCUAUGGAAAUGUAG